UCUAUGUACGCAGUCUGGUCCAUGAUUUAGGAUUAGCUUUAGGUAGCUGUGCCUACCUCGACGAAUUGGAAAGGAUUCGACAAGGUCCUUUUGAAAUCACCCAUUGUCUGAUGGAGGAAGAUUGCACAGUUUCAGAAUUGCAUAUGCCGUGUGUGUCAGCAGCGUGAAGCGGUAUUGGCGGUAAAACCAAAACCACAAUUUAUUAUCUACAUCUCCGGAAAGGCAGUUGGUUGUGAUACAUAUCAAUCUAGACCGGAAGUGAAUGGCAUGAAAUGGAUCUGGAGGAAAUCAAAUAUUCGACAAGCUCUCAUGCAGUUACAAACUUGUGAUUUUACCCGGUAAAUAUUUUUGGUAUUUAUCUUAUCUCGUAACUAGUUGCACACGUCUUUAUCUAUUCUCUCACUCUUCGCAGUUUGUAGCACAAUUCAGUAUUGUAUUUCGUUAACAAGACUUUGUUCUACAGUUAAUCUUGAACACUUGGCACACAAUAUUGUCGGUGGCAGGUUAUUAUCCUUUAGCUGUAUCCGUCAUGCUCAUACCCUACGCAGUGAUUGCCUUGCUUAUUCUUAAUUGCGAUUUUCGCGCAAAUGGAAAUGGACUUUCGUCCGCUCUACCGCAUUCGUCUGACGGAGGUGCUAACUUAACAAAUUAUUCUGGGAUCUCGAUUUUCAUUCAUGAAACUUCGACCACUUUAGAUUCCAACAGACAAUCAUCUGUGAACCCCAAUGCUGCGGACUCAAAGACGGCUUCACCUACCACGGCAGAUAACACGUUUGGGACUCCUUUAUCGACUACUUUGUUGAUAAACGACUCAGCUAAAUCAUCCCCUACUAACGAUGAUACAACCUUAGGGUCUACAUUUACCGAAAAUUCGACUUACCCGACAACACGUGUUCCGACAUCCUCAAUGUUAACGACAGGAACAACACCAUUUCAGACAACCUCUGAAAGGAGCACUAUUGUUACUACACUAGCAACUACCCCCACAACUACCCCACCUAUAUGUCCAUGUAAAUCCAUGGAACUAGUAUUGGGGCCCGCACAGGUUGGCAGCAGUUGGUUUGCUGUUCCAUUCAACUCAACUUCUUCAAGUAUACUGUGUGCGAAUGAAAAUCUAACUGAAUUGAACGUGACUCUUGAUGGUCCCUUUGACAAAGAAGAUGCCCCUGCGGAGCUUCAAAAUUGCUCUGCGUCAAUUGAUUGUUUGAAUGGAACAGAUCAUUCCUUUUUGUUCAAUUCGACGCUGUGUUGCAAAGAAAACUUUACCGUUCGCGAAUGUAGCAACUACAUAUUCACGAUGAUUCCCCAAUAUUCCUCGUGCAUUGGGAAUCCUGUCAACACUUCGAUUUUAACCUUGCCAGGUCCCGACGCGGCACCUAAGAACGUUAAAGUCCUUCAGACGGGAAGUAAUUGGGUCGUUGUGAGUUGGCAGGACUUUAAAUUCUGCGAACAAACAAUUACUUCAUACCAUAUGAGAUUCUAUUCUUUUUCUCCCGGUGGAAGUAAUAACACCCAAACAAUUCAAGUCCCUUUGAAGUGUACAAACCGAUCUUCGACUGAGAUGACCGUCUUCGACUCCAAGAUCUGUCCAGGACUGUUGACACUAGAUGCUUGUUCUACCUACUCUGUUGUUAUCGUAGAGGAGUUCUUUGGCGCGUACCAAUCACAGCCCAGCGAAAAGGCCACAUUCAAUACCAAACCUCCGGAGUAUUUGCAGACACACAUUGAGGAACCAAUCGAAUCCGGUUCAGAUUGGUUGGCCUUUCGAUGGAACUUGUCCGUACCACAAUGUCAAAUGGUCACCACUAGAUUCUGGUUUAAUUUAAUUAAUGUACGCGAAAACAGCUCCAAUUUUUAUGAGUGCAACACAAAUACCCCAAACACCCCAGGAUCAAAAUUCUUUUUCAACACCAGUAUGGCUGAUUGUGAUCAAAGAAUAAUAGUGCCACACUGUUCAGAUUAUCACGUCGCCAUCAUACCAAAAAUAUUCGAAGAUUUCUAUACUGAAUACCGUGACAAUGCAACGGGCAGGACCACAUGUGAAAACGUAACGGCUUUUGUUAAAUGGAUGAAAACUGGCUCUAACUGGAUAAGUUUCAAUUGGACGACAUCUGUAGAGGAUUGCCGAAAAGUCUUAACUGGUUUUUGGCUUAGCAUUGCUCCCAGUACAUUUAACUCAAACAAAGUUGAUAACCUUCAAUUCAUAUCAAUGAAAGAUUGCUACUGUAACUUGAAAAAUGACGAAGACAUCAUGUUCAAUACCAGUUGCUCAUGUCCAAGCAAUUGGAUUAGCCCUGGGAUCUACCCAUGCUCACAGUAUGACAUAUACCUUAUUCCGCAGUUCUUUGACAGCUUAAACGGAAGUGCCAAUCCUGUAACCACUACCGAAACUCUUCCAGGUGACUAUAUAACACCGGUGACGCAAAACAUCGAUGCUGGCAAAGAUUGGAUCAGUUUUGAUUGGCAAGCAUCAGAAGAAACUUGUCGUAAAAACGUCACUGGUCUGUGGGUAACAAUGAAUUUCAUUCCGUCUAAUCAAACGGGCUGGAAUGGAAGACUGCAAUAUUUUUGUCCUGCGGCUUCUAACAACGACACACUUAUCAGCUUCAACACGAGCUCCGACUGUUUCAAUAAGCAGAUCUUGGUCCCGUGCAAUUAUUACACUUUCGAAAUCUUGCUUGAUAUAAAAAAACCAGUAGGACGUACCAGCCUUGUAAACAGGACAACAACACCCGGGCAAGAUGCCACGGUAAUUAUAAAUGCGCAAGAUUCCGGCAUUAAUUGGAUUACCUUUGAAUGGCAGUCUUCAGUUCGUGAAUGCCAAAAAUUGAUCACGCAAUACCAUUUAAACAUUACAAAUGUCUUCAAUGGCGUUUCCGAGUCGAAAAAUUUAUCUCGAAGCUGCAGCACAGAUCGCUCUGUAAUCGGCUUUAACAGCAGUUUACCCUGUGCCGGAUUUAAAAUCUCUCCUUGUUCAAAUUACUCAGUGUCGUUAGUGCCACGGUUUCGCAUAGGGGCUUCAAUAAUAACGGGAAUCGGCGCAGUUGUCCAUAUAGGAUCCAAAUCGGGUGAUGACGGGGAAAUUGAACAGCCGAUUGUAGCUUCCCAGGGUACAAAUUCGCUCACGUUGACGUGGUUUGAACCAUCAUGCCGUGCUUCUGCUGAACUCGUUUACUAUAACGUUACCGUCAUGCCAAACUGGAAUUUUACAGCACAUGUCAACAAGACAUUUUUAAAAAUUGAACCCAAGUGUCUCGACAAAAUUCCAAACGGCCAAGUAUCUAUGACGCUGAAUCAAUCUGUUUGCGAUCGUGGUUACAAAUUCGAUUCUUGCGCACCCUACGUCAUCAAGAUCCUACCCGUUUACCAAUUACCAAGUGCCAAUGAAAAUCUUUUGGGGUGGGAAACGAAAACCCAAACGCUUCCUUUGCAAAACGAGGCGUCUGUUAACAACAUGACUGUGCAAGAUGUUGGUACGCGAUGGAUAACCGUAUCCUGGCCGAAACCAACAUGUCAUUUACCGAUUAGUGUGUGGAAUCUCACAGAAUUAUCGUCGAAAAGUUCCGUCAUCCUUCCUCCAGAUUGUCCCACGUAUGUAAACGCUACCCAUUUAACUCUUAACAUCUCCGACUCGAUACUCUGCGGAAAUGGCGAUCAUCCCAUCAACUUUGGAGUGUCCUUUAUCCCAUGCACUAACUAUACACUUGCCGUGCAUAUAAAGUACCCCAAUCUGGACGUCCGACCUGGAAGUAAUAACAUUGUUUCAGCUACCACUGGAAUUGAGCUUCCGGGAGUUGUAGAUAACUUGAGAUGGAAUGGAACAAAAACUAGCAUUUUGCUUGAAUGGGAUGUACCGAAAACGAAUCCUCAAUGUGUCGAAGGCUACCGAGUCCUAUGGAACAAUAAGGAAACCUUAACCAGCGAGACAUAUGCUUUAUUGGAUAGCUUACGACCAUGCACAAGAAUUCUCGCAUCAGUAAAUGUUCUGGCAAAUUCAACGUCUGAUCUGCAUGAAAGCGAACCUCAUGUCUUUGCCUACACAGAGGUUGUUGAUCCCGCACCUGUACAGUCUGAAGUCAACGUAAGCAGCCUAGACAAUGAAAAGACGCUGAACGUAUCAUGGCUCAAACCUGAAAUUGACGAUUGCAUUUCAGGAUACAAAGUCAACAUAGAAAAAUCGAUAUCAAUGGAUGGUGUUUACAACGAGACCAUCUGGGGGAAAAAUUCAACAUGGAUUUUGUUAAACGAUGGAUUUGAAAAAGAACAUUUAUAUAAUGUUUCUAUCGUCACCUUUUGCAAUUUCGGACAAGAAACUUACGUGAGCGAUCCUAUCUUACAUGCCUUCACAUGGGACACGGCCUCAGGUAUGAUGAACACCACUUCGCUAGUUUGCGGAAUAAUUUUCCCAAUCUUAGCGCUCGCGAUUUUUUACAUUGCUGUACUACGUCGAAAAAGCCAAAACACUAUAUUGAGUCCUAGUUUCACACUCAACCAAGAUAAGCCGACAUCUGUUAACAAAACGCCACUAGGAAUGAACGGUAGAAAACGUAUUUUAGUGAACGAACUGAGAAGAGUAAUCGAGUGGUUAGAAGCAGACUCUAAUUACGAACUUAGCAAGGAAUUUGAAUUGAUAAAAUCAAUGUCGGCAGAUAAGGCAAGUUGUUCAGUGGCCAAAUUGCCUGAGAAUCAAGCCAAGAAUCGCUACCUUGACAUUCUUCCGUAUGAUCAUACGAGGGUUAUACUCACUACCGCACUGGACUCACCAACAUUCACGGAUUACAUUAAUGCCUCAUUUAUAUCGGGUUAUGCAGGAAAGCGAGUUUACAUUGCCACUCAAGGCCCUAAACCAUCAACCAUUGAAGACUUUUGGCUUAUGUGUUUCGAACGAGAUGUUAAAGUGAUUGUGGCCCUCACAUCCUUAGAGGAAAGAGGACGGAUAAAAUGUGCGCAGUACUGGCCGUCUAGUUUAUCGUGUGAAUAUGGCAAUAUGUACGUUGAACUGGUAAAUGAAAUACGAGAAAGCUGUUAUACUGUUCGGGAUUUCUUGAUAACACGAGUUUCUAAUGGCGAAUUAAGUACACCAAAAUUUGCAAGACAAAUGCAUUAUACUGAAUGGCCAGAUUUCGGUUGUCCAGAAAACCCCGAACGACUCAUUAAUUUUAUUCACACAAUGCGAGCUGAAAGCAUUUCACUCUAUAAUACUUACCGGAAAGCUUGUCCCAUCAUUGUUCAUUGCAGUGCUGGAGUUGGAAGAACAGGAACUUUGAUAGCAUUAGAUAUUCUCAUGGAACAGGCGCGACGUAAGAAAAUUGUCGACGUGUUUGGUACAGUACUGAAAUUACGCGAGGAUCGUGAUCGAAUGGUGCAGAACGAGGAACAAUAUCUCUUCCUUUACAAAUGCAUCGAGAGCUACUGCCGUAAUGACUUACAAUUGAAAGAUCGUUGGUCUUUGAACUCGGCCGAUUAUCAAUCGCCUGACAGUAUUGCUCUCACUCCCCUCUCUUUUUUUCAGAAAGAUCGAGGUACUGCAUUUAGUGCAGUGUAAUUAAGCUCACGAAUUCGUGGCGCAUUUUCCGAUGUAAAUAUUCGUUUUUCUUUUAGUAUGGUUUUAUAUUUAAAACUAUAACUUCGUUGGGGUUUGAAAAAGCCAACUUCGUGUGAACAGCAUUCGGUGUCAAAAGGACGGGUUGUGAGUAGGUUUAUAACAAGCUCUUGUCUAUACAAUCUGUGAACGAGUGGUUAGAUAACAACUAACGUUAGGCUAACGUUUGUGUUACGUGCUCGUCGCGAUUCUCGCGGUGGACUCGAUGCUCAUUCAACCGCCGGAAAAACUGGUUCUGAUUUCAUCAGUGAGUCAUUGCAAUCUUUCAAUACUUGGUCUAUAAUCUUUGAUCUAUAAUCUGUGUACAUUUUCUUCCUUUGCCUUCAAUAUCUAUGAUGUGACCAAAACUUGUACUAGAAAAAGACAUGGCUUUGGUUUUAAACCGGGUAAGAACAGACGAAGCGGACCCCAUUAAAACAGGGGCGUAAAUAUACAUGUGAGAUGAUA